AAGGGGCAAAGGGAGAUCAGGAUGACAGCUCUGAGCGUGUGCGUGCUACUGCUGUGUCUACUGCUGCCCACCCACACUGUCCCUGCCCCUUCGGAGAAACAUGGCGGCUCAGACGUGAGAUGUCCUCUGACAGUGAAGAUCCUAGACGCAGUGCAUGGGACUCCAGCUGGAUCCAUGAACCUCCGAGUGUUCAGAAGGGGCCCGGACGGGAAUUACACCCUUGUUGCAUCUGGGGUCACAGAGAUGACAGGGGAAAUCCAUGGCCUGAUCUCAGAGGAGCACUUCACUGCUGGAGUGUACAGAGUGGAGUUUGACACUAAGGCCUACUGGAAGAGCAAAGGCAUCACCCCUUUCCAUGAGGUCGCCAAUGUUGUGUUUGAGGCCCACACGGAGGGCCAUCGUCACUACACUCUGGCUCUGCUGCUCAGUCCCUUCUCCUUCACCACCACCGCUCUCACGGUGGAUGUGCAUCAGUAACCUCUGUUUUUGCACAAUACACCUCUUUUUUUUGGGGGGGGGGGGGGGGGGGAUUAAAGCAUCUGAAAACAUGCCAAGGACUCUUCAUUUCAAACUACUCUGCUUGUAAAAUGGGCAGCACUUAAAGGUCAUAUAUUACACAAAUUUCUCUUCUCUUUAAGCCAUGUUAGAAUGUUGUUAACUCAAAAAUAUACGCAGAGUUGCAUUUUUUUUCAUUCAAAUAUGUGUGUGUAACCCUUUAUUAUUACUAGUCUGUCUACAUCUCCAAAGCUUAAAAUGCUCUGUUUGACCUAGUGAUGUCAUGUAGUGGUAGUUUUCAGGUUAACAGCAACACUUUAACUUAAGUUCAGUAGAGUCUGCCAACUCCAGCGCUAAAAUUAUACAACUGAUUCUAGUGAAGGUGCAUGGAGUUUCAAAACAAAGUGCAGCACUUCCAGUAUCACCACAUGACAUCAUAAGGGGAGGAACUCAGCCCAAAUAUGCAAGGUUUGUGUAUCAACAAAUCCAUGUAUUUAUUUUUUUUUAUUUUUUGACAAGAAACAAUAUUAUAACAUUGAUCAACAUAGAUCAGAAAAUACAAUUGAACAGGCCUUUAAAGUUUUUGUAUUUUUUCUUUCUUUCUUUUAUUAAGUAGUACAGAAUCAAAGACUUUUAAUCUAGAAUCUCAAGAUUUUUUUUUAAUUUCCAGAGUGGUGCCCCAGCCGGGGAAAUAGGACACUGCAUGUGUGAGUUACGAGUAAUUUAAUACUUCAAAAAAUGGCUUUGUUCUUUGGAGGCUGACCACACCCACAUUUUAUGAUGUAGAAAGAUCCAAGAGAGUAGCCUAUAAUCCCAC